UCAAAUGUCAUCACCUUAAUCAUGCCUUUAAAGAAAGUUUAAAAACAAUUUGACUCUCCUCUUCUUCCUCUCUCUUUGUCUCAACUUCUCAACAGCUUCCCCAUUACUCUCUCCCAAAUUAGGUUUUGGGGGAAAAUACUGGUAAUGUUGAUUUUAUAGUCCCUGAAAACCCUAAAAAAACACAGAGAGAACGAGAGAGAUUGAUUGAUAGAGAAGAUGAAGAGGAGUACAUCGGGAGCAAUCAGCGUUGCUGAUAGUGCUCAGAAACUUCCUGUUGAGAAUCGAAUCUCUCUUCGUUUCUAUUACCGUAUCGCUGAUAAUCUCCUCAGACAGGCUGCCAUUUUUCAAGCCGAGAAGAAUAUAAUAGAUCUAUAUAUUAUGCUCUUAAGAUUUUCAAGUUUGAUCGUUGACACCAUACCAUGCCAUAAGGAUUACCAGUUCAUUUUACAGAGAGAAAGGCAAUCAUUUGGAAAGAGAUUAUUGAAUGUUCUGAGUGAGCUGGAAUCGUUAAAGCCAGAAGUACAGCUGCAGAUCAAUGAAUUGAACAGAAAACGGACCAUUAAAGAAAAUGGAUGGGAUGCGUAUGAUCCUUCGUUAGAGUGGCCUCCUGCUAAAAAUCAGGCUGGAUCAAAUUUCGAGAUUGGAAAGAUACCACGUUCUGUUGGGCGAGGAAGCACAAUCCAGAAACCAUUAAUCCAGCGAGAUAAAUUUUCAUAUGGUCAGCCUGUAGAGGAACAAUUUCGCAAAUUCAACUUAACUGUACCACGUCCUUCAGAAGAGACAUUAUCGAAGCACUCCAUUUUUGGUCCAAAUGGACUUUCUGGGCAGUGGCAGCCACCCAAAAGUAACACAAGGGUUCAAUAUCCAAGCAAUUUAGAUUUCACUCCAAUUGAAAUCCCAAGUUUGCAGCAGCCACUGCCAAUGAUUCAAAAUGGCAGUUCAAAUACUGAAUUCGGAAAAUCUACUCUUGAGGCGGUGCUUUCGCUGAAUAAUGAUAGUCAGCCACUUAAUACCGAGGAGCCUCGUCCAAUGAUUUCCUUGGAUGCGGUAGAACUUCCUACACGAGUUGAAAUUGUCAGACAACCGUCUCCUCCACCUGUUCUUGCAGAUGUACAUGAUUUAAUUCCCGCCUCCUCACCGCAAGUUACCGAGGCAGGAUGUGAGAUGGAUUCGUUACCCGAUGAACUUGCUCGAUCCAAAUCCCCGCUGGAACUGCACAUUUCAACUGCGGUGAUGGAAACGUUUUUGAGACUAGCUUCAUCAAAUACUAAAAAGAACUUAGAAACCUGUGGUGUCCUUGCAGGUUUACUUAAAAACAGAAAAUUCUAUGUAUCAGCUCUUAUCAUACCAAAGCAGGAGUCCACAUCAGAUACUUGUCAGACAACAAAUGAAGAGGAAAUAUUUGAUGUUCAGGAUAAGCAGUCUCUUUUCCCUCUUGGAUGGAUACAUACACAUCCUACUCAGUCAUGUUUCAUGUCAUCGGUGGACGUUCACACUCAUUACUCAUAUCAGGUGCAUUACUCUUUGUGUCUCCCUCCUUCCCUCCCUCCCUCAUGCAAAAUCGUUUGUUCCUCAUCUUUUCCUCUAUGGUUUCAGAUUAUGUUGCCUGAAGCUAUUGCAAUUGUUAUGGCUCCAAAAGAUAGUUCCAGAAAGUACGGUAUUUUCAGAUUGACAUCCCCUGGAGGCAUGUCAGUCAUUAGAAAAUGCCCACAACGUGGUUUCCAUACACAUCAGCAGCCACCUGAUGGCGGGCCAAUCUACGAUCAGUGUACAGAAGUUUAUAUGAAUCCUAGUAUGAAGUUUGAUAUCAUUGAUCUCAGGUGAUUAUCUUUUGUAUAACUAGUGCAAAUUGCACAUGCUUAGCGUGUUAGACAACAUCAGAUAUCAUGUUCUGGGCGAUUGGAUUGUAUCUUACACAAGUUCUUUUUCGGUUUUUCCAAAAAUGUAUAUGGCUCCCAUGAACAACUUAAAUUUUUCAACAAUGGAUUAGUCACCAGAGUCUGGUCACCAGACAAACAAAUGGAGUUGAAUGUAAAUCUGUACGAUACUAUUUUUCCUAGCAUUACUGAAUGGAUUAUUUAGCUUAAA